AUGGCAGAGGCUACUUCCCAAUUAACUUGUGGGUUUGCUGCUAACACCGCUCUAGUUUGUGGGGCUGAAUCUAGUCUUGAAUGCAGCUACACAACCGGACUCUAUCGAGCCAUUCUGGCGUUAUACAAGGAGCAAUACGCUCUUGCACAAGUUGAAGUGGAUCGAGCUAGAGACCUGCUAGAUACCGAGCUGACUGCAAUGGCCAGCGAGAGCUACAAUCGUGCUUAUCCGGAUCUCGUUGGUGCCCAGAUGCUCUCGGAAGUUGAGGAGCUAGUCCAAUAUAAGCUGCGUCCUGAGCGUCGGCCAAUUCUUCGGGCCGCCUGGCAUCGUCGGCUUCUCGGCUGUCAAGCUAAUCCUGAGGAUUGGGCUGAGCUGAUCCAGCUACGUAGUCUAGUCUUGCGUCCUAGUGAAAAUACUAAGACAUGGCUUCGCUAUGCUGGACUAUGUAGAAAAUCGGGCCGACUGGUAGAUACUCAAUUGAGAAAUUUUAGCUUGAGAUAG